GUGAGUGAGUGACAGUGUUUCAAAACCUAGCUUAAGCUACAACAGAAGCAACCAUGGCGAAUAGAAGGUGCCUGCAAGCUCUAACGCGCCAAGCACAAGCUACAAACUUUCUCUUCACAAACCCAUCAUCAUUCUCUGUGCCCCCUUUUACAAACCCACCUCUUAUCCCUAACCUUUCAUCAACCCUUCUUCCCAUUUUCACCAAUUCCAGACCCACCUCUGCUUUUGCACAAUGGUCUCACCUACGCUAUUUCUCUUCCACCAAACAAGAUGAUCACAUCAACAAAGGCAAUAAUGAAGAAGUAGAAGAUGAAGAUGAUGAUGAUUAUGAUUAUGACGAUGAAGAAGAAGAAGAAGAGGAGGAGGAGGAAGAAGGUUUUGUUUCGGUGUCAAGGGGAAAAAAGGUGUAUACGGCGGAGGAGAAGGAAGCAGAAGCAGUGGCAAUUGGGUACAAAGUAAUGGAACCCCUUAACAAGAACGAUCAAGUUUUUAAGCCCUACGAGCCUGUUUUCGCUGUUGUUCAGAUUGGUUCGCACCAGUUUAAAGUAAGCAACGGGGACAGCAUUUUCACUGAAAGAUUGAAAUUUUGCGAAGUGAAUGAUAAGUUGAUUCUAAACAAAGUUUUGUUGCUUGGCUCCGCUAGUCAGACAAUUAUUGGCAGACCCAUAGUGCCAGAUUCGGCUGUUCAUGCUGUUGUUGAGGAACAUGCACUUGAUGCAAAGGUAAUUAUUUUUAAGAAAAAGAGAAGAAAGAAUUACCGAAGAACCAAAGGACAUCGCCAGGAGUUGACCAAGUUAAGGAUAACUGAUAUUCAAGGAAUUGAGAAACCGAAAAAUGUAUUAGCUGAAAAGCCUUCAAAAGCUGCUAAGAAGGAACGGGAAAAGGUUGCAGUUACUGCUUAAAAAGGAUGUAUACCCUUGGCCGUUGACAGUAAUUGCUAUCUGUAUGUCUCAAUGAGUUUUGCCAGUUGGAUGCUAUGUAAUGAGCAUAAUUGUAUUGCUGAUAAGCUCCAUUUACGUGCGCAACUUCAUGUUAGGUGGAAAUGGUCAACCAUCUGCUAGGUGUGGUUUUGUAGGAUUGAUUACACAAAAUUUUUCCUUUCCCUUUGUAAUGCUAUAUUUAGUGGUUCAAUGUUUGAAAAUGAAUUCAUUCAUUCUUAAACAGGUUUCAUGGUCUCAAGAAAUUUAGUAUUUACUCCCGGAUUCUAUUUAGUUGAAAGCAUGAUACUAUAUCAUGCAUUGUACCGACUUCUGACAAAAAUAAAGUAUGCAAACUUCAUCUUUCACAUCCUGUGCAGG